AUGGCAUCCCCGCCCUUGCUGGUACUUUCCCUUACUUUCUCUAUGGUUAACGACAAAGUACCCAAAGUCUAUCUAGUCACUGGCGGCGCAGGAUUCAUUGGUUCUGCCGUUGCCAGACGGCUUCAUCAGGAUGGAAUAGUUGUUCGUGCCGUGGACACUGUUCCAGCUCCUAACACGAUAUAUUUUACCGAAUACAUCAAGGCCGACCUGCGCGACUCGGUCUCGUGUGAACAUGUCAUGUCCAACGUCGACGUGGUUCUCCACUUUGCCGCCAACAUGGGAGGAAUGGGUAUCAUUCACUCAGACAACGAUUUCAAUAUCUACCGAGACAACCACGCCAUCACGUUGAAUCUUUUUGAAGCAGCUGUUCAAGCCAAGGCCCAGUGUUUCGUCUACGCCUCUUCGGCGUGUGUCUACCCUGACCACCUCCAAAACUCCUCUGCCGAUAAAGAUAUCCGUUUGUCGGAGCGCGAUGCGUUUGACGCUGGGAGCCCCUCCCCGCAGGGUUUAUACGGCCUCGAGAAACUCGUUGGCGAAAUGCUGCUCCGCCAAUAUGCGGACAAAUUGUCUAUUCGGGUUGCCCGCCUCCACAAUGUUUUCGGGCCGGGUGGGAGUUGGAGCGACGGGCGGGAAAAGGCCCCUGCAGCACUAGCGCGCAAAGCGAUUGCCGCUCGAAGAAUUAAAGAUAUGUCUGGUGCUGUGCCCGAGUUCGAAAUCUGGGGCGAUGGCACCCAGCGUCGGUCCUUCCUUCACAUCGACGACUGUGUUGACGGCCUACUUUGUCUGCUCCGCUCUUCGUCAACUGGGCCUCUCAAUAUCGGCUCAGAGCAGUCCGUUUCGAUACAAGAGUUGGCCGAGAUCGCUCUCGACGCAGUUGGUCUUCCGCCAUCCUCUGUGAACUUUGUGUAUGACAUCACCAAACCGGUUGGGGUCGCCUCCCGCAAUUCUGACAACACACUCGUCAAACAUGAGCUGGAUUGGGAGCCUAAACUUUCUUUGAAAGAGGGCAUGCGGCGCACCGUGCGCUGGAUUGAUGCCCAAAUCGAGAGUCUCAUCGCUGACAAGGACAAUCCCCAAGCACUCCUCCGUAACCUGCAGAAAAGCCAAGUCGUUCAAUUGGGCGAGGCGAUCGUUAAGUUUGGUGUUCUUCUCCCUAUCACCUCCCGCGGCGCAGAAACACCUUCCAACUGUCUUGAAAACCUCCAGGUCUUUGCGAAAUCGCUUAAUUCGACGACUUUGAAGGACACACAGUCCAGAUUCCGACUUAAUGUCUACCUUGCUAUUGACCAUGAUGACGAGUUCCUUCUUGAAGGCGACAAGGCAGAGUCUGUUCUGCGAAAUGAAGGCAUCUUGGACAUUACUCGACGUGUUUGUAACUUUCCGCGUGGUCACGUGUGCGCGUUGUGGCGCGAUUGCGCACGUACCGCUUGGAAGGAUGGUUGCGACUACAUGGCCUUGUUCGGCGACGACGUCGAGCUGUUGGACGAUGGCUGGCUUCGUGGAAUCCACCAAGAAUUCCAGGUUAUCUCCUCGGUGUCAAAUUAUCCUUCUGGGUUUGGAUGUGUCGCGUUUAGCGACAUUUCUUUUCCUGGGAUGCCUACAUUCCCUGUGAUCCACCGGUCGCACAUGAACAUGUUCAGCGGAAAUGUCAUCCCGGAUGCAUUCAUAAACCAAGAUGGCGACCCAUUCCUUUUCCAAUUGUAUCGUCGAUUUGGUGCCUCCAAAAUGGCCCCGUUCAGGCUUCGCAAUGCUGUGGGUGGUAGUGCUGAUGCGCGUUACACGAAGCAACAUCUCCAGGAGUGGACGUAUGACUUGCUGGACAACGCGACAACAGUUGUGGAAUCAACACUCAAGAUUGAGCGAAAACUGACCAUCGAUGUUGUUGUGCUAUCGUUUCGGGUCGACUUGAAGACGUUGAGCCGCAUUCUGGACCUCGAAAGCUCAGAGACUUGCGAGGUCAUGUUCAUCAUCAUUAUCGAUAAUCCCAGCUCUCCCGAACUUGGCGCUCUGGAGGCCAAGUAUAGCCAUCGACCAGAUGUGCGCAUCCGUGUCAACUCUGCGAAUCUUGGGGCUAGCGCCAGUCGCAACCGCGGUAUGGAAGAGUGCGCUGGAGAGUGGGUGUUCUUUCUAGACGACGAUGUCCUCCCGGAGUCAAACAUUCUCGUCCAGGCCGAGCGUGUCAUUCGUGGCAGCCCCGACUGCGCCGGGUUCAUUGGAACGACUCUAUUCCCACCCGCCGAUACUAUCUUCAAGGCUGCGGUUCAUCUUGCUGGUGUCACCUAUUUCUGGGACAUCGCCAAGAAGUGGAACGAUCGCGACGACCUCCCGUGGGGUGUGACAGCAAACCUCAUCACUCGUCGUAAUAAGGACAACAUCAGAUUCGACCUGCGCUUCCCCAAGACAGGCGGAGGGGAGGAUAUCGACUUUUGUCUUCGCAAGCGCGACCUCUUCGUCAGCCAAAACAAGAAAGGGUUCAAGGCAGCGCCACAUGUUGUCGCUACCCAUCCGUGGUGGCACAACGGGGCCCGGAGCUACAGGCGCUUUUACAUGUGGGCGAAGGGAGAUGGAGAACUCGUCAAGAUGUUUCCGGAGUCGUGUUACACCGACUGCUCGCCAACCUCUGCCCAACUCAUUCUUUUCUCGUUGACUUCAAUCGUCUUUUCUUUGGCAAUUGGCCACUGGGCUUUCUUGAGGACAUGUGCAGUUGGUCUGUUGGCUGUUUUUGUUGUCAACAUCUGCCACGACAUGUUUCGUCAUUUGGUCCGUGAACAGACGGUGGAGUCGGAGUCGUCGAUAACUGGGGUUUUCCGGCUGGUGGCCAUCUUGGAAUCCACUCUCAUCCGCAUCAUUAGCGAAUGGGGUCGGUUGGUUGGGCAGCUAGAACGCCGCGAAUGGGACCUCGCAUUCGGCUCACAGCGAUUCGACUGGUUUGCAAACAGGGCAGGAGACGGGCCACGCAAUAAUGAGCGCAAGAACAACUUGGAGAGGCUUGUGAUGUGCAUCAUCGUUGUCGUUCUCCUUUCACAGUUGUAA